AUGCAGGGGUCCUGGGUGCUGCUGCUGCUGGGCCUGGAGCUCCAGCUUUCACUUGGAGACAUCACAGUUGAGGAGGAGAACCCUGCCUUCUGGAACAACAAGGCAGCUGAGGCCCUGGAAGUCGCCAAGAAGCUCCAGCCCAUCCAGACGGCCGCCAAGAACCUCAUCAUCUUCCUGGGGGAUGGGAUGGGAGUGCCCACCGUGACAGCCACUCGAAUCCUGAAGGGACAGUUGAGUGGGAAACUGGGGCCUGAGACGCCCCUGGCCAUGGACCGCUUUCCAUACCUGGCUCUGUCCAAGACAUAUAAUGUGGACAGACAGGUGCCGGACAGCGCAGCCACAGCCACUGCCUACCUGUGUGGAGUCAAGGCUAACUAUCAGACCAUUGGCUUGAGCGCAGCUGCUCGUUUGGGUCAGUGCAGCACAACACGUGGCAACGAGGUCAACUCCGUGAUGAACCGGGCCAAGAAAGCAGGGAAGUCAGUGGGAGUUGUGACCACCACAAGGGUGCAGCACGCCUCCCCAGCGGGCACAUAUGCGCACACAGUGGACCGUAACUGGUACUCGGAUGCCAACAUGCCUGACUUGGCACGCCAAGAGGGCUGCCUGGACAUCGCCACACAGCUCAUCUCCAACAUGGACAUCGAUGUGAUCCUGGGAGGAGGCCGCAAGUACAUGUUUCCCACGGGGACCCCAGACCCUGAGUACCCAAGUGACGCCAAGCAGAACGGAACCAGGCUGGACAGGAAGAACCUGGUACAGGAGUGGCUGGCCAAGCACCAGGGUGCCCGCUAUGUGUGGAACCGCACGGAGCUCCUUCAGGCAUCCCAGGACCCGACUGUGACUCACCUCAUGGGCCUCUUUGAGCCUGGAGACACGAAAUAUGAGAUCCAGCGAAACAUCACAGAGGACCCCUCCCUAAUGGAGAUGACAGAGGCAGCCCUGAGCCUGCUGAGCAGAAACCCCCGUGGCUUCUACCUCUUCGUGGAGGGGGGCCGGAUUGACCAUGGUCAUCAUGAUGGCACUGCUCAUUGGGCACUGACUGAGGCUGUCAUGUUUGACUCCACCAUUGACCGGGUGAGCCAGCUCACCAGCGAGAAGGACACAUUGACCAUUGUCACCGCUGACCACUCCCAUGUCUUCUCUUUUGGUGGCUACACCCUGCGAGGGAGCUCCAUCUUUGGGCUGGCUCCCAGCAAAGCCCGGGACGGCAAGGCCUACACGUCCAUCCUGUAUGGUAAUGGCCCGGGCUUCGUGCUCGACAAGGGCCCCAGGCCGGAUGUCAACGCCAGUGAGAGUGAGAAACCGGAGUACCAGCAGCAGGCGGCUGUGCCCCUGUCGUCGGAGACGCACGGAGGCGAAGACGUGGCAGUGUUUGCACGCGGCCCCCAGGCACACCUGGUGCACGGCGUGCAGGAGCAGACCUUCGUCGCGCACGUCAUGGCCUUUGCCGCCUGCCUGGAGCCCUACACCGCCUGUGGCCUGGCGCCCCCCGGCAGCGCCACCAACGCCACGCCCCCGGGGCAGAACGCGGACGCAUGGCUGCGGCUGCUGGCUGCAACCCUGCUGCUGCUGGGGGUGGCUGCUGCGCCCUGA